AUGCUAGGAGUGCGAUGUUGCGGAGGUGAAGAAUGCAGCUCGUCGGUCAUCGAUCUCUCGACACCGGACACCCUUCAUCGCGAUUUCCAUAAUUGGCUCAACGGAAUCGAUCCAUCUACUCAUCAUCAUCAUGAGAUUCCCGCCAAUUCACCGAUCUCAUCACAAGAAUCGCCGAAAAGCUCAUCAUCCGAAGAUAAUCCGCCGCCAGUUCCGAAAACUCCGAUCACCGAUGGAAGGAAAAAUCGAAGGAAGGGAACCAAUCUCUAUGGCCGCCCUUACUGUCCAGGUCGGCCGCUUUCAAUGGCGGAGCGAACUCGAAUCAUCGAGCUUCAUUCCAGUGGAAUGAAAGUCAACGCGAUCUCGAAAUCGCUUUGUAUCUCGCAUGGUUGUGUUAGCAAGAUCAUAAGCAGGUUUCGCGCCACCGGCAUCCUUCUACCAGCCUCAUCGCCGGAGCAGGGAAAAUCGCGAAAACGGAAACCCGAUUCGGAAUCGCCCGAUUAUAAUUCGGGUUAUAAUAUGGCGAUGCAUGAUUCAAAUGGAAACGAAUACGUUGCUCAACAAUGCUAUCCUUAUCCGAUCGCGAUGCCAAAUGACAGCCAAAUCCUCUAUGACUAUUCAAUGUCCCUUUAA